AUGAAGGAAACUAGUACUGAAAAGCAAACAUCAACGACUUCAACUCCCGAGAUUAUUUCUCAAAAUAUUAUCGACAUCAUAACAGAAAAUUGCAAAAAGCUUCAACAAAACCCUCAAUACUCCGAACAGCGGCUCUACAAAACUUCUUGGUACAAUCCAAAAAACAACAUCGCCUUCGCCCUACCGCCAAAAUGUGGCUCCACGAGUCUCCGACUGAUCGAAAUGGCCGAUUCUGGCUUCAUCGUGCCCUCGAAGUUUCCCGAAAUCUCGAAAACAGACCCGGAUACAAUCUGGCCGGUGCAAUUUGCGAAACAUGGACUCAAAAAAGUGGAUGAAUUCGAGGGUGAUAAGAGUGAGUUGCUCAUGUAUACCGGGAUAAGAGACCCGAUUAAUCGGCUUAUCUCGGCUUACAAAGAUAAAAUAGGAAGGACAAAACUAAGCGACCAAAGUCGCCAGUACUUCUGGAAUAUAUACAGUAGGCACAUCACGCGCCAUUAUCGGACGCACAGACCCGUGACGCCAAAUGAACGAACAGCAAAAACACAAGGACUGAUUCCGACCUUUGGCGAAUUCGUGGAUUUCGUGAUUGAUUGGAAGUUGGGAAAACUACCGAGCUUUUUCGAGCUCAGACCUGGCGAUUGUGAUGGUCACUGGUGUCCGCAAACGGAUACUGUUCCUUUUUGCCAAAAUAAAUUUGGAGCAAUAGCUCAAGUUGAAAAAUUCCCCGAGGAUCUGGACCCAGUGCUAGAAUCCCUCGAUUUGGAAGAAAUAAAGUUCGAAAAAAGCGGCCUUUCAAAUAGUCAUUUCACGAGCAAGUCAAAAAGCGACAGCGAGUUUUUGGCCGAACUUCGUGAGGAUCAAAUUCAAAAGCUAAAGGAAAUUUAUGAACUCGAUUAUGUGCUAUUUAAUGGAAUUUAUUCGUUCCCAACUGUUUGA